UGUUUUGAUCUGUCAGAAUGACCAAAGAAAAAUAUUGCUAUAUUUUAAGAUAAACCCUAGUAAAUAGAUAUUCGUCUGUUUUCGUCAUUACAGUAUUUCAUAACGUAUCAACCCAACAAUGGGGAACUGCUUAAAGUCUUCAAAUGCAGACGACAUGUCUUUGUUAAGGGAAAAUGACAGCCGUUCAGACGGAUCCGACCCAGGACCUCCACCACCAUAUCAGGAAAGUGUGCCUGUGUAUUACCCUUCUCCUAAUGUCAGCCGACCAGCGAAUAUGCUAACAGAAGAAGAACAAAUUAAAAUUGCACAAAGACUUGGUCUUAUUAAUCAUCUUCCAACAGGAGUGUAUGAUGGAAUAAGUAAAAAAGCUAAAGAAUGUGCAAUAUGCAUGGGUGAAUUCAUUCUAGGAGAUAUGUUGCGUUUUUUACCUUGCAUGCACACAUAUCACAGAGAAUGUAUAGACGAUUGGCUGAUGCGUUCGUUUACGUGUCCGUCAUGUAUGGAGCCUGUUGACGCGGCUCUCCUCACCACCUAUGAGACUAGUUGAUUGACUGACCAUGUCUAGGUGAUUCCUGUAUGUUGGUGCUGCAGCUGGUGGGAUAAGUGUGUUAAAUCAGUGGAAGCAUCGGUUCGGAAAUGAUCUGUGUUUAUAAUGUGGAUGGUUUCCUACAGUACCUGUACCCCAUGUGACAAAGUACUGGUCACCUGCAUGACUACACAAUUCAUUGUCCAGCUGCUGACCACUGCAUUAAUUUCAACACACAAUACAAUACUUGAAUAAUACUGCAAUAAAAUGUUCCAUGACCGCAGUACUUUAAUACAAUACAUUACUAAGUUCUAUCACAACAAAGGAGAUACAUGUAUAUGUAUAUUUUUCAGUUCAAAACAUCUCAAACUCGAUCAUUGGAGAAAGAUUUGUUUCCUUGACUUACUUACGUGUGUAUAUAAGUGCAAGAUAUCGGACAUAUUCCAUUCUGUGGUACAAUGUAAUAAUUAAUAUUUCAAAACAACCCAUACUUGAAUUAAUUUUAUUUUAUUUUAUAGGAAAUGUGACAGUAAGAAAUAAUUAGACUUUUAUACCAUUUAUAGAAUCAUGGGAUUGGUGAUGUUAUAACUAUGCUGAUGAUGAUUAUAAUAAUAAUAAUAAUUCAGAUGAUUAUAAUAAUUCAGGUGCCAAUACAUACCGUACAUGUAUGCCCUGUGUGGACAUAUAAUUCAUAUUUUUCUAAAGGAGGAGGUUUAUUUAACUGGUACUAAAUUCAUUAGACUUUCUACCUCACAAAUAAUACUGACGAUUAACAACACUUUGAUACUACAACACUUUGAUACUACAACUGCUGGUGGUGUUUUUUUUAAUUAACAGUAAAUCUUUUGUUUUGUUAUUAAUAUUGUAUCCUUUUAUAUGUUUUCUAGUUCUGAAUAUAAAAGACGCAAUUUCUUUUUUUACUUUUGUGCUAAACAGAGGACAGUUGUUGUUUUGUUACCUUAUACAAUUUUUCAUUAGAUGUUAUAGAUAUAUUUUUAUUUAUUUUUGUGAAUAACAGAAGAGACAGUUUUGAAAGGUACAAUAUAUGUUAUGAAAGAUCAUAAACACAAAUCUAAGAAUACUAUUUUGAUAAAUGUGUGAACUGGUGGUUUCAUGCAAUCACAAAAUGUGGAUCACAAUCUUAUGUACAUAUGUUUCAAAUCUUGUGUGGUCCUACAGAGAUGACUGAAUAAUGUGAUAUAUUUAUUGUAUGUGUUAACACUAAUGGUAAUGGUUGAGAACAUGGUUCAGUGAGUUAGAGUCAUGUUUAAGGGCCCCGUCUUUCAGCUUUUUUUCUGUUUGGCCUGUAGACAUGUCUGCUACAUGUAGAUAAUGUGUAGAUACUGGUUGCAGUUUUGUAAUCACGGAUUUUCUUGUACAGGUAGUAUGUUUUACUACACUUUGAUAUGUUAAUUUACUGGAAUGUAGUUUUGGCUUUCACUGAUUAUGCCUUUCUUUGAUCUUCAUGCAUCACCAGGGUAGUAUAUAUUCAGUUGCAACCCUACUGUAAUUAAGAAAAUGUCCAUGGCAAAAAAACAUGCAGUGGAAAAACUAUAUGAAUGUAGUCCACAGCAAAAAAGUGCCAAAGCGAAUUAAAAACUCUGGUUUAAUCUUCAAAGCAUAUUAAUUGCUAUUUGUCAUGGACAGUUGCAGUGUAUGCAGUUGAUUAUUAUUAUUAUUAUUAAUUUUUUUAAAUACUGGUAUAUAGUCCUCUUACAGCUCAGUAUACAAUGGAUUGAGGGUAGUUUAUUUGCUAAUUAGAUUAUGGUACCACUAAAUAAUUGUCUAAUAUUUUGUCUUGUUUCAAAAUAUUAUUCAUUACUUUUAUUAACUCUGUGUAUGUGUGUGUGUGGAUUUAAAAAAAAAAAAAAAUUACUUUAGAGAAUUGAGGAAGUAUCAAAACAUGAAUUUGUAAUAAUAAAAAUGUAAUUGUGCUACAUUGGGUUUAGGACUGAUUAACUAUGAUUUUAUUUUUAACAAAAUAGUUUUAUAAAAGGGUUUCAAAUAGUGUAAGACUUAUGUACCAAGUAUGUGUGGAAACAUUGCAUAUUUUGAGAGUGAAUAUAGGUGUAAAAGUCCAGAUCAUGUACUGGGUACUUCACAUUUCUGAAGGUAAUAAAUAUUGUGUCAAGUUUAUUCUUUUGCUCAUUAAACAGUUAAUUUUGUAUUUCCACACAAAAAAAUCCUGUUUGUGGGAUGGCAAGUAUUGUAAUGAAUAAAAGAGCUUAUAGAUAGAUUGGGGCUUUUUCAGAACCUGAAGGAAACAUUUUAAGCACAUAUUCUACUGUUAGUCUUUAAAUUGAUUAAAUUCAUACUGUGACAAACUGGGAGAAAUACAUGUUAGUGCUCUAUUUUCGGUGACCAGGAUCAUAAAUUAUAUAUUGCAAUAAUUUUUAGGGUUUGCACUGAUAACUGAGAGUUGAUUUAAUAUUAUGAAAAUUAAAUUAAAAUUUAAUCUAAACUCAAUUUCUUCAUAAGCAUAGAUGUGUCAAUUUGGCAAUACUGUUUCAAAGGUGUGUUAUUUAUUAUUAUUUUUUAUUUUAGUUGUGGUCUUGUGAAUUUCUUUGUUUUCUGUUUGUCCAUCCUUGGGUCAUAAAGAUUUUAAUGUCAUAAAUAAAGUUAUUGAUGGCUAAAAUGCAAUACAACACAAUAAUUGAAUGUUGCAAGAUUUUAUUUUAUUUCAAUUGGGGUAAGUUUGCCGGUACUUGCACUUAAAAUACACUUGCGAAGUCACAGUAUUAUCUCAACGCUCCAUUAUUAUGGAGAGAUCAAACCCUACUUAAUUAACCCACCAUAAUCAUUGGUGUUAAACUCCAUACUAACAUAUAUUCACAUAAAAUUAUUAUUUAGUGGUGUAUUUUAAGUAGGGGACCUCAUCUCCAUUAUUUUUCAGGAAUGGAGUGUUACUCAGACAUUCCCCUAUACGUAAUAUAACAAGAUCACUCAUAUAUGAAUGAACUUUCAAAAAUGGUUUAAUGAUACACAGGAAUGCAUGGACAUGGCAUAGGAAACUGAUAAAGUGCAGAUGGUAGGAGAAGGCAAGGACACUGAAUGUUCCAAUAAAAUCUUUAUUUUAUAAAGUUAGAAUUAGCAAUCAUUUUUAGAUAAUAACAAUAAAGUUGAAGCUUGGUUACAUCAUUUUUAAUUUGUUAUUAGAUAAAGAUAUUCUGAGUUGCACCUUGUAUUGAUGAUCUAUUAUGACACAUACGGCAGAUGAAUAUGGUGUUUUUCGGACCCAGCUCCCAGGGUAUUCCAUUUGUGGCAUGUUAUAAUAAACACUGUGUUUAACAUUAAGUUUUUACUCUACAUGCAAGCUGACCAUGUUGUGUUUGCUAUUUAUAUGCUUCAUAUUGUGCAGUUCAUUUUUAGUUAUUUUAUAUCUGAAUUAUUUAAUGUGUGGCUAUUGUUCUUUUUGUUUUCUGUAAUAUGAAAUUGUUGACAAGUACGUGUAUGCUUAUGUCAUAACUCACUAAUGGGUGAAGAAAGAUCUGAACCAUAGAGUAUCCCUAUGUUUUAUAUAUCCAUUACUUUUCCAGAUUAAUGUCAAACAGUUUUUAGAUCCACUGAUUUACUCAUGUAGCUGAAUUAUUAUACUUGAUCUUGGUAAUAGGUGUUUUCCCAGGAUCAUUAAUAGUCUCCAUCAUAUGUGGUCAUGUGGGAUACAAAAAGUACACCCGAGGUGGUGGGAAUUUCGACACUGGGACGAGGCUUGCAGGGUCCCAUGGUCAAAAUUUUCACCACCAAGGGUGUACUUUUUCUAUCCCACAUGACCGCAUAUGAUGGAGUCGUUUUCUCUCGUUCAUUCGGUAAAUAAACCAUUAUUUUACACAAGCAAACAAAGAUUGCUUAAUAAGUAACUUUUUUAUUUCACCAUUUUAUCAUAAAUAAACUACACAAUCAUAUUUAUCAUGUUUAUCAAAAUUAACAAGGUAGCUUUUAUAAUGAAGGUUUUAAUAAUAAAAUAUUAAUUUAAAACUGUGUCUAAUGACCUUACAUCACAAUCUUACAUUAACAUGACGUCAUAUAUUACCAACGACGUCAUGUUAAAUGAGAGAAUAAUAUUUUCCACUUCAUGAUUUGACCAAUGAAUAUUAAUGAAUAUUGGUAGGGAACUAAUAUCCAAAAUUGUUUGUGGUUUAUACAAAUUCUAAGGUGGACAUGACCUCAGAUUGGCUUUAGAUGGAAUGUUAUAUUUUUAUUGUCCAAAGAACAACUGAAUGGAUUUUGAUUCAAUAUUUCUUUUCCUGUUUUUUUCCUAAAAACAUUGGCCAAUUUUUUUUACUGAAGCUAAUUGUUAAAUGUAAAAUCUCAGAUGGCUGUAAUGGCUUCUCAUUGAUUGAAAUGUUCAACCUGAAGAAUUACCAAAAUGAUCUUCAAGUCACAAACAUGUUGUUUAAUAAGAUAAAGGUGCUUA